CUGGUCGCCUUUUUUUACCUUUUUUUAAAGGUGAGUUUUUAGAGAUUAUUAAAAGAUACAGUCAUUGUAUUAAAUGAGGAAAACAAAAGAUUACGAAGAGACAAUGAAAGACUGCGCAAAUUACGAUCUGUCAACGAAGAUUUGCCAAAGAUAGAUAAAUUUAUGAAAGAUGUUACGGCCGACUUGCAAUGUGCUUCAUGGAAAACCGAAUCUCUCAAUAAUCAGAUUGAUAAACUGCAACAGAAAGUACAAGCAAUAAGUAACUGCAUUAUUGAACGUGAGCAAGAUUAUACUCCGCCUCCAGCAAUGACACUAGAGUCUGAUCCGAUCUGGAUCAGCAAUAAGUUGGAUCUACCAAACAAUAAGUUAAAAUCAUUUCGAAAUCAAAUCGAUGUAUCGCCUGCAACAUUGAUAGUGCAAAAUAACGAGUUAGAGCCAAUUGUAAGUAGCGAUAAGUUAAUACGAGUAAAAUCGUCUCAAAGAUCGGAUACAGAUGAGUUUCGUGAAUCAACAUCCUCACGUGAGUCGAAACCUUCGACAUCCGGACAUAUUCUACCGCAAAAUUAUAACCGAGAAUCAUCACCGGAAGAUUUCUUUGAUACUCAUCCAGACGUUAGAAAUAAAAAUAUAAAAGUAGUCAACACACAUGAAUUGGAAAACGUACACGAAUCGAAUGCAGUAGAUAAAAUAAAGCCUGCGGAUAAGCAUCAAUCAAUCGCAGAAAAAACAGUCGACCUGGGAGGACCAGAACUUUGUGUGGUGAAUGCUACUCGUCUUUCUUUGUGCAAUCACACAUCUGCCUCUAAAUUGAUAUGCGAGAUGAUGUCAUUGUUAUUUUCAAAAGAAGAGUUGGCUACUUCCUCGCUUACAGGAACUGUGGCAAAUUUUCAUUGCGAAAAAGGUGUAGCCGCUAAAAAGAAACUCGAUACGGUGAAAAUUGAAGCUAUGAAAACAUACGUUAAGAACAAAUUUUCAUCAGAAAAAGAUUUUGAUAAAAUAUUCCGGAAAGCAGUGCAACAGAAGUGCAAUAAUGCAGUUCCUCGAAAUAGAGGGCCAAAUAAUAAAGGAGAUGAAAUUAAGAAGUAAGCCAGCUAUGUCAAAGCGAAGAAAAAACAAAGAAUGAUUAAUCUAAAAUUAUUAUAUU